UCUUGGGCAAGUUUCGAGACGCUUAGCGACGACGACCCGACAACCAGCCCCUUCAACGGAAUUGCCAGUUCCAUAAUUCAAGAUGACUAAGGGUACCUCGAGCUUCGGAAAGCGCCACAACAAGACGCACACUCUGUGCCGUCGUUGUGGCAAGCGGUCUUUCCACAUCCAGAAGUCGACUUGUGCCAACUGCGGCUACCCUGCUGCCAAGACCCGCAAGUUCAACUGGGGUGAGAAGGCUAAGCGCCGCAAGACCACCGGCUCCGGCCGCAUGCGCUCCCUGCGCGAUGUCCACCGCCGCUUCCAGAACGGCUUCCAGACCGGUACCCCCAAGGGUGCCCGUGGCCCCGUGACCAACUAGAUUCCCUUUUUCGUCCGCUCGGCGUCGCGUUUUCGUUAUCGGAGAGGCUGGAAUAGGAAUGAGGGGAGGGAUCCUGGCAUGAUAUGAAUUAGCAUUACGGGAUAGCAUUACUCGAAAUGCAAUGGCAGUUCCGGACUCUUAUCGCUUUCCCGUGGAGUUGGUGGUGUGUACAACUAUCGAUCACGUUGGUUCUCUUUGCCACGCCAAGGAUGACAAAGUAGAACUUGCGAGACGAUGAGAAAAGUU